AUGAACCGAAGUAACCCGGCUUUUUUGAACAAGCUAAGGAGCGAAGUACCCAACCAUGUUCGCUUUGGCGAUGAGGUACUCCCUCGUUUCUUCAAGCACAACAAUUUUUCCUCUUUUGUAAGACAACUGAACAUGUACGGAUUCCACAAGGUCCCUCAUCUCCAGCAAGGGGCAUUAAAGACGGACCAGCCGUCCCAAAGUGAAUUAUGGGAGUUCUCGAACCCGUGUUUCCAGCGCGACCAUCCAGAUUUGCUCUCAAAGGUGCAGCGUAAGAGGAGUGGGAAAGAGCGUGAGCACAACAAUGCACAGACUAAUGAUGAUGCUACUCGUGCUCUGCAUGCCUUCAAUUCUGGUGCACUUACACGCGGAGAUUACGAUUUGAUCAACGGCGAUGCUCAAGACCUUACAAAGAUGGUAGGUUCUGUACAGUUGGCCAGCCUAGUGAAUGCAAUUCAAAGCAUCAAUACAAAUCAGCGCACGAUCAUUGAGGAGAUUUCAAAACUACAGCAUUCUAGCCAGGCACUUUGGCAGCAAGGCAUAGAAAACCGACAGCAAGUUCGGCGGCAACAGGAUACAAUCAAUCGCAUUUUGCGCUUCCUUGCUAGUGUCUUUGGCUCUUCCAAUGUGGGCGAUAUGCUGCAGACGGCCAAUGGGGCUGAUCUAGGAAACUUGUCGGGUCUUCACUCGGACCUGCAUGCAUCACAGCAGCCCCGCUUUGAAGAGCACGAUACCAUUCAUACGGACUUUAAGGGACAAAGACCUGUAAGGCCACAGAAGCGAGCUCGACUGCUUAUUAGCGACCAGGCUUAUGCCGAUCAAAUGCGAGACCAUCAGGAUACCACGAAUGGGGAGAAUGGCUCGUCUAUGCCUCAAGCCACAGAGCAACGAUUUACCGAGGCAGGUAGCGAAACUGAGGAACAUUCUCCAGGUCGCUGGUCUCACGUUUCGACGGAUCCCUCGUCUCCGACUAUCCAGCCGACGGCGGGACAACAUGAUCUCUCGUCGCCCAACAGUGCGCAGGCGUUGCUGAAUGCAUCUUCUACCAACCAGGACACCCAGGCAUGGCUAACUAAUCUACUGAACAGCCAUGCUCAAGGUGCCAAUACCGGCUCUCUUUCUGAAAACUCGCGUUUGAAUCCCCAGCUUUUAGCUUCGCUGCAGCAAAUCCUAGGUAACUCGGGUGCGGGUUCUUCGCCCAAUGCUUCAGAUCCUCAGGCUCUCUUUGGUGCGGAUGGUGCAAGUAAUGGUAUCAACACUCCUUUGAACAACACGAUGCUUGCGUCGAUGCUAACUCAAUGGAGACCAAAUUCUCCUGCUCGGCCCAACGCUUCGAUGGAACGAGUUGUGCCCGAAGAGCGUCUCGCUCAGGAUGUGGAACGCCUUAGUCGUGAUGCUAAGAUGAGUAUGGAGCAUACGAAUCAACUGCAAAACCAAAUCAACACUUUGGUUCAGAACCUUCGUUUGAGUCCCUCGGAUGCGCAGCAUGUAGCUGCGACGGGAAAGCUUCCGCUCCCCCCAGAGGACUGUACACGCCGUUCUGAUUAUCCUGCGACUAGUGCCCCAUCUACUUACGUGCCGUCGUCCCCGUCGACUCAGGUACCUGGUUUGCCACAAGGCCCGUCUCCUGGAACAAGCAAUGGGGGAGAAUUUGAUCUUGACUCAUUCCUAAACCAAUUCGUUGACCCUAUGAAUACACCCAACACCUUCGGCGCUCCGCCGACGCCCAUGUCAGAAGAUACGGUCGACCCUGCGGGUGAGGGAACAGCCAAGGUACAUGAUCGCCCACUAUAA